UAGUUGUACGUCCAGCUUGCUCCAAACAAAACAGAAGUGAACUACGAAUUGUAGUAUAAUUUCGAAAACUGUGAUAGUCUUUCCCUGCUUUGCUAUUUCCAACAGCACCAAAACUAACUUGCUCAGUACACAGUUCACUUUCUCUAUUCCACCAUCUGUGAAUUGGACUAACCGAUGAAGAUAGUAGAUGUUUAUCUGACCGAGUUGCCGAUUGCAAUGUUAUUGUAGAGCGUCUCAAUCUAUGAAAAAUACUCAGUAGUUCCCGGCUGAUGUAGAAUGACUACAGCCAUAGUCAGCUGGGAGAGCUAAGAUCUGGCCGCUUGCCUUCCACUGAGCUGCCGACCGUUUGGGACUGACUACCUGCUCGGGGUAGAGUGAUCACUCCGAAGGUUUUGCGUGGUAUUAGAGAAUUCAUCAUGCCGAGGCAGACACGCUCAACAUGCAUUCUUCUCGACCUUUGUACUCGCUGCUUCACGGGAUUCCCAGUCAUUUUUGUCGUGUGUCUACUGCUGUGGGCUUUCUAUGCCUACAAUGUUGUGCUAUGCGGUCAGCUGAUUGAUUCAAUAGCAGAACGAGUUCUCUUGGGAACGGCAUUUUCCACCCUGUGGGUGAUGGUGCUUCUAUCGUACUAUCGCGCCAUCAACACACCGGCCGGAGAACCUCCUGCACAGUUUCGCUUGUCGGAUGCGCAGAUUGCGGAGUACGAUGCCCUGAGCCAGGACGACAAGUCUGCGGAGUUGGACGCCAAAGCCGAGUACAUCAAUGCGUUGGGUUCCAAGCUGCCGAUAUCCACCCGCCUUCCCAAUGGAAAUAUUCGCUACUGUGUGCCAUGUGGUCUCAUCAAGCCGGACCGCUCCCAUCACUGUUCCAUGUGCAGAACAUGUGUUCUGAAGAUGGACCAUCACUGUCCUUGGGUGAACAACUGCGUCGGAUUUGGCAACUACAAGUUCUUCGUCCUGUUUUUGUCGUACACGACACUCUUCUGCCUGUACACCGUGUGCUCAGUGCUGCCAACUUUCAUAGCAUCUUGGGGUGACAUGGGAUUCGGCAACCAUCACCGAAGUGGAUCUCACGGCACAAACACCACCGACGCAGCGGACGCCGGCCUGAACACGUCUCAGCGUCUGCAGAUCAUCUUCCUCUUCUUCCUGGCGGCCGUGUUCAGUUUCAGCGUGGCGUUCCUGGACUUCUUUCACAUCUACUUGACGCUGACGAAUCACACCACCCUGGAACAAGGCCGCCCUGUCCACCUGGUGCAUGGAAAGGAUGCGAAUGCAUACGAUCAGGGCUAUCGGCGCAAUGUUCAACAGGUUCUGGGCAGGGACACGCUCUUCUGGUUCUUGCCCAUCGGCUCGGGGGUGGGCAACGGCUACGAGUUUCCGCUGCGAAAAGACCAUGCUGGCCGCAGCGAAGGCGACAGUCUGCUUGCAUGCGGCGAGCAAAAUCCUGUCUCUGGCGAUGAAAGCGAUCGUGUCUAGGGCUUACCAAGCGAUCGUGUCUAGGGUCUAGGGCUUACCUUGGAUACUGGUGAUGAUUGUAGUUUCUUCUUCGGGAAUCCUUUUUCAUUUCUUCGUGUAUUCUCCGAUUGCGGGCUCAGUAUACCUUUGGUGUUUUUUUUCACUCUGUCCUGGUAUAUCUUCAUGGGUACCAGUUUGCUGUUUCACUUUUUGUUUAUCUUGCCGUCGCUCUCUGGAGAGGUACGUUUCUGGUCUCCAUUGCACGCCGUGCACAUUUCUUCAGUUAGAAGCCAUCAGAACUGAGAUUCUAAACAUUCUGCCCUACACACUGCUUGUGCACUCAACGUUCACCAAUUUCUAUUUUACUUGAUGCAGUGUUGGCUUUGUUCGAACCUGGCUGCCCCGGCCGCAGUAAGCUAUUUUUAAUCAAUGUGGUAGCCCGCUGACCUAACCCCGGCAGGUGUUAUUCUAACAACCACAUUCACAUUCACACACAGGUAACUCACUGCACGCGCGAGUGCUGCGUUAACACUUUUCAAGCUAUGCUAGGCAACUGUUGUACUAUGUAUUAUCAAGGGGAUUAUGUACUCUUGGUAUUAUCAAGACUGAAAUUUCCUGUCGAUUACAUUUUUGAUAUGUGUUAAUUUGAACAUAAUAUUAUGCAUAAUGCCGUUUAUUAUUAUUUUUUAAAUUUUACCUUUAUUAUUUUUUCGGCAACGCAGAUGAUGAUGAUGAUGAUUAUGCUAGGUGAGCUUUUCAUGCAUUUAAGUUUUCCUUGACCUACCCGGUACAUGUAGUGCACUGCAAUGCCCUAUUAUGUCAAAUAAGACUUGUCAGUUAUGCCUAA